UUUAAGUUGGCGAGGUUGAUUUAUCCGCUUGCCGUAGAUAUUAUCCUAAUUAUGUCAAGAAAACAUCUUUUGGGGAAACAUAUACAACCUUCAAUAUUAAAUUCAGCAGAAAUGGACAUGAUACUUCCUGUGGACCACCGAGAAUGAGGAAGGACAAGUUCAAGGAAGCUAUGCAUUGUUUUAAAAUGGAAAAUCUUCACGUGCCGGAAGGAUGGAAAAUUAUGGACCCAAACUAUAUAGAUCAAAAAUACCAAAAUCUUUUAACCUUCCACAUUCUUCCUGUUACUGCAAUGAGAGAAACUAUGCAGAAUAUUGAGAAAUGCAAUGGGGAAUGUGAUAAAGAAUCAACAAUGCAAAAAUGCGAGAAAAUGUCUGUUAAAUUUUCUAGUCAAGACUAUAAACUUCUCGUUCCUUUUAAUCCAAACAAAAAGACAACGACUAUAACUACAAAAACUACCAAAAAGCAACAAACUACCGUAAAGCAACAGACAAAAACUUCAAAGCAAGAAGGGAACAAUACAACAACUAAGGGAGGGAAUAAUCCAAAAAUCAAAAAGACUACCGCUACGAAAUCUUCAGGAAUUAGCCAAGCUACUCUAUUACUUGUUGUCUCUAUAAUUAUUUUGUAA